ACGUGGCCUACUUUAGCUCAGAGGCUUGUGAAGUCAUGUGACGGGGCGGGGCUCUUGGAGUGACGUCACCGAGCACGGUUGGGAGAGGAUGGAGAAGGACGAGGUCGAAUCCAGCCCGAAUCACCCGGAACAGUUGUCUGAUAUGGAUCGGAACCCCUCCCCCCCGACCAGUGAUGAUGAGGAGGGACAGACUGAAGACUCCAUAGGGAGCACCGUGUACAGCAAACACUGGUUCUUCACUACUCUGACCCGGCUCAUUGAGCUUGUCACAGAGAAAGACGGAUCGCAGGGCGAUGAUGAGACCUCGCUGGAGCUGGACGAAGACAUGGAGAAUGACAUAUGUAAAGUCUGGGACAUGUCUAUGAAUGAGUGCUAUGGCCUGUAUUGGGCGCCUGUCUCCUCCAUUUAUAUGACUGUAUAAAUUAGAUCAUUUUGUCACUGCACUUUCUUAUGUCAGCCACUAGGUGGCACUGUGUGUUUUUUUUUUUUUCUUCAUAAACAUCUAUUGUAAUAAGAAAUGUCUAGCUGUAUUUCCCAACCGGUGUGACUCCAGCUGUUGCAAAACUACAACUGCCAGCAUGUCCUCCUGAGAGCUGACGAAGAUGGAGACAGACUAUGGAGAAUGUUACACAGUUUUAGGUGAGACAUUGUACUGGAGCCCCCAUAGCUACACACUUAGACCUUAUUGGACAUCUGGCCAGGCCUACGACUAAGUGGCUGUGAACCUAAAGGAAUGUUUCCAAACCAAUGUGCCUCCAGCUGUUGCAAAACUACAACUCCCAGCAUGCCCGGACAGCCUUAGGCUGUCCGUACAUGCUGGGAGUUGUAGUUUUGCAACAGCUGGAGGCACACUGGUUGGGAAAUACUUACCUACAUCUAUUACCUCCUAUACAGGGGCAGUAUAUAAUAAAACUCCUCUAAUCCAGCAUCUAUUAGUCCAGUAAAUAAUAAUCUGUUCAUUUGAAAUCUGUUCUGGAGAUAAGUGCUGGAUUAUUGGGUUUUAUUUUUUUAUAAGUAUAUAUUAGAAUAUUUUUUUAGGACCUCACAAUCCUUUUCUUGUCUCCCUACAGUGCAGGAUUUGGAAAACCAAAGCUAUUUCCUUCCAGGAAACAGCGCCACCCUUGUCCUCAGGUUGUGUGUGGUAUUGCAGCUCAGUUCUAUUGAAAUGAAUAGAGCUCAGUUGUAAUACUGCUCACAGACUGGUGGUGGUGCUGUUUGUUUUUCUUGUUAGAAGAAAGCAGCCCUGUUUUAUUUAAUCCUGGAUAACUUGUAAUGCAGCAUUUGUGAAUGGUGGUGAACAUAGAAGAGGGGUCCCCCUAUUUCUCAGAUUCACCCGGUAGAGAUGGGACCAAGUAAGGCAGGACCCCCUCUCUCCAAGGGCCCCAUAACACCCACAUUAUGGCAGCGUUUCCCAUCCAAGGAGCCUCCAGCUGUUGCAAAACAAAAAUUCCUAGCCUUUGACUGUGCAGGCAUGCUGAGAGUGGUAGUUUUGCAACAGCUGGAGGCACACUAGUUAGGAAACACUAGAUUUAAGUUUCAGACAUCAUCUCUGUACAUUUGUGAUUGGGAAAUAUUAUAUAGUGAAAUAUUUUUCUAUGGAAUAAAAAAAAUUAAAAA